UGUUCUCUCUGCAGGAGGCGCCGGCCGCACCGCGAGGGGCUCAAUGCGACGGCCCUGGCGGCUGCGCAGCUCCGGCCCGACACCAGUUGGCUCCAGUUCCAGCUGGGCAUCAGCCGCGAUGGGCUCUACCCGCGCGGCAGCCCCGUGGUGGAGCGGCUCCUGCGCGACAUGCAGGUCCUGAGCACUGUGAGCGCGGACUACAGCCAGGACGAGAAGGCUCUGCUGGGAGCUUGCGACUGCGCCCAGAUUGUCAAGCCCAGUGGUGUCCACCUGAAGCUGGUCCUGAGGCUGCAGGACUUCGGCAAGGCCAUGUUCAAGCCCAUGAGGCAGAAACGGGAUGAGGAGACUCCCGAGGACGUCUUCUACUUCGUGGACUUCCAGAGGCACAACGCGGAGAUCGCCGCCUUCCACCUGGACAGGAUCCUGGAUUUCCGGCGUGUUCCCCCCACCGUUGGCAGGUUAAUCAACGUCACCAAGGAGAUCCUGGAGGUCACCAAGAAUGAAGUCCUGCAGAGCGUCUUCUUCGUCUCUCCAGCCAGCAACGUGUGCUUCUUCGCCAAGUGCCCCUACAUGUGCAAGACGGAGUACGCGGUGUGCGGGAACCCUCACCUCCUGGAAGGGUCCCUCUCUGCCUUCCUGCCCUCCCUCAACCUGGCGCCACGGCUCUCCAUCCCAAACCCCUGGAUCCGGUCCUACUCCUUUGAUGGAAAAGAAGAGUGGGAAGUGAACCCGCUCUACUGCAACACRGUGAGGGAGAUCUACCCCUACAGCAACAGCAACCGGCUGCUCAACAUCAUUGACAUGGCCAUAUUCGACUUCCUAAUAGGGAACAUGGACCGUCACCACUACGAAAUGUUCACCAAGUUUGGGGACGACGGCUUCCUUUUGCACCUGGACAACGCCAGAGGAUUUGGGCGACAUUCCCACGAUGAAACCUCCAUCCUGGCACCGCUCUCGCAGUGCUGCACAAUCAAGAGGACGACGCUGUCGCGGCUCCAGCUCCUGGCUCAGCCCGAGUACCGGCUCAGCGACGUCAUGCGGGAAUCGCUGCUGCAGGACCCCCUGGCACCCGUCCUCACCGAGCCCCAUCUCUUGGCCCUGGACAGGCGGCUCCAGCUGGUCCUCAAAGCCGUGGGGAAAUGCAUAGACACGUAUGGAGAAGGCAGGGUGGUGGCCAACGACACCACGCAGCCAGAGGCUCCCACGCCCGACAAGGUGAAGCUGAACGGUUAAAACUGUCCUYAGCCUCUGUUCCCUGGAAGGAAGACCCCUGCAAGGCAAGUGGAAAACGUUGCUAGCUGCCRCUUUCUGUCUACAAAAGCCUGCAAGACUGAGAGGGGAAACUCUUGGAAGAUGGUCAAGGUUCACAUGAGUUCCUGUGCUGGGCACUUGACCAGAACUCCCGUGUUUGGGAUGAAGGGUGUGUGGGUCAGUGGUGGUCUGACUGUGGUGGUUCUCUGCCCCCAAAGAGCAGCUCUCCAGUGGGAAAGCAGAGGCCUCCUGCCCAGGAGGGUGGGGGGACACGCGGGCAUUGGUUUAACCUGCUCAGGAUCUUGGGCUCACUGGUGAAGGACACAAACUACAUCUAAGGAUGAGACUUGAAUAAAUAGAUGCUAAGAGU